AUGUCAAGCCGAAGUCUCUACAUCGCCUUCGCCCUAGGCAUUCCCCUGACAAUGACCGCCAAGCACAUCCUUGACGUCUAUCGACGAAUCUCCCCCGUCCCUCUUACGCGCAUCGCCAGCGCGGAUAGCGUCCCUAACUCCCUCAUCCAAUCAUCCGCCGUUCGUGAACACGUCAACCCUAAUAACCAUGUCCAGGUAGAGGACUCGCGCUUCAUCGACGUGAUAAUUCCCCCGGAUAGGUCCGCUCCGGCAGAUGAGGCGGUUUUAGCGCAGUUUAUCCGGGGCUUCUUUGGAGGCAGGGUCUUCGCACCGGAGCGGUCCCUUCUGAGGAUGUUACGGCGGACUCUGACCUACUUUCCGUCCAUCAAGGUGGGCACCGCUACCCUGAUCAUCUGGUCCGUUGAUGAUCUCCCUCCCUCCCAUCUACUCCCUCCACACACCCUCCUCUUCGGCGGCUUCCAGAUCGCCGACAUAUCCCUCGAUCACCACCCCUCAGAAACCGGCAGCCAUAUCGACUUGAUCUUCGGGAGUGGCAACGGCACCUUCGCAGGCGUCCACCGGUUCCAGGUCUCCCAUCCCUCAUCGGCUACAGUCAUACGGAUCCAGUACGACCACAUCUCCUGCAAUCCUACGGUCAACACGGCGCUCAAGCCGGACUUCUUGCAGGUGCUACACAAGAUUUAUGCCAUGUGGCUGUUCAGGGAGGGGGUAGGGGAGAUCAAACGAAAUCUGGCCUUAAAGUAG